ACCGCUGAACGUUGAUCACUUUUUUCCCUUCUCUCGGCCUGCCUCUCUGGUUGAUUUUUAGGAGCCUCCCCACCCUCCUCUUCACAUUUCUCUCUCCUCUCUAUCUCAACUACCUGGAGGACUGGGAAAGGAAGGCUCUACUUCUUCUUCAAGAUCUGUUCUACAACCACCCAUCAUCAGAUCUCACCAUAUUCCAAAAGAUCUGGUCGAGAAAACCCCAUUCAGGAAAGAAAGUUAUAUGUUUAAUAUGUCUGUUGUGUUGCCUAAAACUGACUCUGUUCAAAUUAGGGAGGUCUGGAAUGAUAAUCUCGAACAAGAGUUUGCUUUGAUUCGAGAAAUUGUUGAUGAUUACCCUUAUAUUGCAAUGGAUACUGAAUUCCCUGGUGUUGUUCUUCGCCCGUUGACCCAAUUCAAGAAUAUCAACGACUAUAACUAUCUCACUUUGAAGGACAAUGUUGAUAUGUUGAAAUUGAUUCAAUUAGGUCUCACUUUCUCUGAUGAAAACGGGAAUCUGCCAACUUGUGGGACAGAUAAGACCUGCAUUUGGCAAUUCAAUUUCAGGGAAUUCAAUGUGAAUCAAGACAUCUUUGCAAAUGAUUCAAUUGAGAUGUUGAGACAAUGUGGUAUUGAUUUCCAGAAGAACAGCGAGAUGGGUAUAGAUGCAAAUCGAUUUGGGGAACUCUUGAUGUCAUCUGGGAUUGUUCUAAAUGACAAUAUCUGUUGGGUUACUUUCCAUAGUGGCUAUGAUUUCGGGUACUUGCUUAAGUUACUGACUCGAAAACCAUUGCCCGAAUCCCAGACGGGCUUCUUUGAUUUGAUCAAGAUUUAUUUCCCAAUAGUUUAUGAUAUCAAACAUCUAAUGAGGUUUUGUAAUCAUCUCCAUGGUGGUUUGAAUAAGCUUGCGGAGAUCUUGGAAGUAGAAAGGAUCGGUGUUUGUCAUCAGGCUGGUUCCGAUAGCUUGCUUACUUCUCAUGCUUUUAAGAAACUUAAAGAAAGCUACUUUAAUGGUUCGACUGAGAAGUAUGCUGGUGUUUUAUAUGGUCUAGGUGUUGAAAAUGGAGUUGAAAAAUAACUAGGAAAUGAAGUUGAUUUAUGAUGUUUGUUUGGUUUUAGUGUUUCAUUUCCUUAUUUUGUACACAAAUUGGCAAAAGAUUUGCUUUCCUUAGGUUUCCUUUCAAGAUUAUGUAUCCAUAACCCUAAAGGGUAUUAUUGUAGUUUGAGUACUGUAAAUUAUUACAGUUAGUGUCUCAAUAACAAAUACUUCUUCAUCUA